AUGUCUAUCAAAUUAACAGACAUAUUACCAGAUCCUAUUUCAAAAAAUAAUGAUUUUGCAAUAAAUGAUACCUUAAGUAAUGCAUGGUUUGAAGGUAGAGAAAUUGGUCAAAGUACAAAUUCAUCUCGUGUCCCGUCCUAUGGAUGUCGAAAAAAUUUUGUUCCUCGUAAACCAGAAGAUUUUGGUGAUGGUGGUGCUUUUCCAGAAAUACAUAUUGUUCAAUAUCCUUUAGGUAUGGGACAAGAUGGUAAUGUAAAUAAGAAAUCAAAUAUUGUUGCUUUACAAACAGAUGAUGAAGGAAAAGUACGUUAUGAUGCACUUGCCAAAUUAGGUCAUUCAAAAAAUAGACUUGUACAUACUAGUAUAGCUUCAACAAAAAAUAAAUACUUUCAUGAGGAUGAUGAAGAUAUUGCAAAACCAAAUGAAGAUGAAAUUGCUAAUACUACAGAAGAGACAAAAAAAGCACUUGAAAAAUUGACAAUGUUUAAGAUAGCUUCUGCUUUACCUGUUAAACCUGCUCAAAAAGUUGGAGAAUCACAAUAUAUUCGAUACACACCUAGUAGUCAGAUGACCUCAGUAACUGGUCAAGCUCCACAACAAAGAAUAAUAAAAAUUGUAGAAGAACAAGUUGAUCCAAUGGAACCUCCAAAAUUUAAAAUUAAUCAAAAAGUUCCUAGAGGUCCACCCUCACCACCCCCUCCAGUGUUACAUUCUCCAACGAGAAAAGCAACUGCAAAAGAUCAGGCUGAUUGGAAAAUUCCUCCAUGUAUAUCAAAUUGGAAAAAUCCACGUGGUCAUGUGGUUGCUCUAGAUAAACGAUUAGCCUCAGAUGGUAGAGGAAUGCAUGAAACACAGAUAAAUGACAAAUUUGGUAAAUUCUGUGAAGCACUUUAUAUUGCUGAAAGAAAAUCAAGAGAAGCCGUUGAAAUGAGAGGUCAGAUGGAGAAGAGAGUUGCCCAAAAUGAGAAGAUUGAUCAAGAAGCUAAAAUGCGUGAAAUGGCCAGAAAAGCUAGAGAAGAAAAUAAGAAAUUAAAGACAGAAGUUGGUGAAAGUGAAGAAAAUAUUGAAGAAAUUAAGCAAAGAGAUGAAAUCAGAAAAGAACGUUUAGAUGAGAGAAGACGUGAAAGAGCCAUUGCACGUAAAAAUCCUGAAAAAUUAGAAAGAUUAAAACGUGAACAAGAACGUGAUAUUAGUGAAAAAAUUGCCCUUGGUCUUCCAAAUACAAGGUCUAAUGGAACAGAUGAGGUACAAUUUGAUUCAAGGUUAUUUGGAAAAUCGAGUGGUCUUGAUUCAGGUGGUAUUAAUGAUGAAACAUAUGCUGUAUAUGAUAAACCAUGGAGAGCAAUGGAUAAUGUUCAACAACAUGUAUAUAGACCUAGUAAAAAUGUUGCUGAUCCAUAUGGUGAAGAUCUCGAUAAAGUUAUUAAUACCAAUCGUUUUGUGCCAAGCAAAGGUUUUUCGGGUACUGAUGGAUCAGCUCAAAGAUCAGGUCCUGUUCAAUUUGAGAAAGAAGAUGAUAUUUUUGGUAUCUCAACACUUUUCGAUGCUGUUAAAAGUAGUAAAAAAAGGGCCAAAGAUGAUGAUAAAGUUACAACAAGCUCCAAAAAGCCACGUACUUAA